AGGCAUCACGACUGUUGUUCUGUCAUCUCUAUGUAGCCAACAAGCAGAGCAGAUUCAUUGGAGUACUCCAUUUGUGUCCAUCCACUCUGAAACUCUUAUCUGUUUCUCCUCUUCAUUGGAGUAGCCAAACCAAGGAGGGUGAAACUCUGAUCUGUUUCUCCUCUUCAUUAUUGGAGUAGCCAAACCAAGGAGGGUGAAACUCUGAUCUGUUUCUCCAUGGCAGCACAAGCAAUGGUGACCGCAUCCACAGGGGCGAUGAACUCUGUCCUCUCAAAGCUCGCCACCCUGCUGGAGGAUGAGUGCAACCCGCACACGAGGAACAGGAUCAUUGCCCUAAGGUGUGCGCUGACCAGCAUGAGAAGCUUCCUUGAGAGGAGGGCGGCGGCUAGCAUGAAGGAUAUGGAUCCAUUGGUCGAGGGGUGGAUGAAGCAGGUCCGGGACAUGACCUAUGAUUUGGAGGAUUGCAUCGACGAUUUUGUGUGCUCAGAUGCCCCAGGUAACACCAACAGUGUAGCUCAGCUGAUCAAGGUGGUAACAUGGAGGCGUCAGUACACCAGCCUGCUGCAAGAACUCAAGGAACAAGUCUCUGGGGCAUCUGAGAGGCGCUGGAGGUACGGGGUCGUCUGCGAUCCUGGGGAUCCGUUGCCCAUACCUUCUGUUGUAACCAAUGGUCUUCUACCCGUCUUCAGUGCUCAUGUGGGGUGUGGACUUGUCGGUAUAGAAGGCUCGAGGGACCGACUGAUCAAGUUGCUAGAUCCAGAUGACAAGAAACAGCUGAAGAUGGUGUCAAUUGUUGGAUCCAGAGGUAUCGGCAAGACUACGCUUGCCAUGGAUGUGUAUCAAAGCCUCAAAGAGAGAUUUAAUUGCCAUACCAUCGUCUCAGUGUCCAGCGGUGAUGAUCUGAGGAUUAUUCUUACAAGUAUACUAUCUCAAGUCGGCGUGCAGGAACAUGACUUCAGAGAAUGCGAUGAGGAACAGCUCAUCCAUAAACUAAGUGAACUCCUCAAGACUAGGAGGUAUUUCAUUGUUAUUGAAGAUAUAUGGGACGUAUCUGCAUGGAAAAUAAUCAGAUGGGCUUUCCCUGAUAAUGGCUGUGGCAGUAGAAUAUUGGUCACAACGUGCAUCAGUUCCAUAGCCAGCCCAAGCUGCUAUUUUGGCAAAGACGAUAUAUUUAAAAUGGUACCUCUUAGUGACACUGAGGCCAGAAAGUUAUUUUUCAUGCGAAUAUUUCACCCUGAAGAUUGCUGUCCUCUUCAUUUGAAAGAAAAUUCUUUUGAUAUCUUGAAGAAAUGUGGUGGUAUACCACUAGCAAUCAUUACUGUAGCUAGCUUGUUAGCUACGAAAUCAGAUGAAAAUGAGUGGAAGAGAGUUCGAGAUGCUAUUGGCUCCGUAUUUGGUAAAAGUGCUACUCCAGAAGGGAUGAAGCAGAUACUACAUGUUGCAUAUUUUGAUCUCCCCGUCCAUUUAAGAACAUGCUUGUUAUAUCUGUCGAUCUUUCCAAAAGGUUAUGUUAUUAAUAAGGCACAGCUGAUACGGAGAUGGAUGGGUGAAGGGUUUAUUAUUGAAGAGCAUGUAAAGAGUUCAGAGGAAGUAGGAGAGUGUUAUUUCAGUGAGCUUGUUAACAGGGGUCUUAUCCAACCAGUUUGCAUCCGAUAUGAUGGUCGAAUAGAAUCUUGCCAAGUUCAGAACAUGAUUUGGGAUUUCAUUUUGUCUAAAUCUUCUGAAGAGAAUUUUGUAACCAGAUAUGAUGAUCGUCAUGGCAUUUUUGGACUACAAGAUAGGAUUCGCCGCCUAUCCCUUUAUUGUGGUCGUCAUGAAAAAGAUAGCUUUAUCCUAUCUGCAAUAACUGCUUCUCAUAUUCGAUCGCUCACCAUUGUUGUGACUGAUAAAGAGAUGCCUACUCUUGCAAACUUUCAAGCACUUCGAGUUCUUGAUGUUGAAAGUAGUGGGGAGUUGGAAGAUGACAAUUAUCUUCAAAAAAUAGGGAAACCACGCCUGUUAAAGUAUCUACGGCUUCAAACAAAAAGGUUCACUGAGCUGCCAGAACAAGUAGCAGAACUGCAGUUCCUCCAGACACUGGAUCUUACUAGUGCUCUGAUAAGCAGACUGCCCCACAGUAUUGUUCGACUGAAGCAGCUGAUUUAUUUACUUGUUAAAAAUAUAAAAUUGCCAGAUGAAAUUGGAGAAUUGCAGGUUCUGCAGGAGCUCUCCCAUGUUGAAGUUGAGAGCAGUAACUCGCCAAAUUCUUUGGAGGAGCUGGGCCGUUUGAGUAGGUUGAGGGUUCUCGGGCUAAAUUGGUGCAUUAGUGACACAGAUAGUUCUAUGGAAAUUUGUGCCGAUAGCUUGAUCUCCUCACUUGACAAACUCGGCAGUUCCAACCUCCAAUCUCUUCAUAUUGGCACUGGUUCAGGGUGUUCCCUGGAUUUUUUGUUGGAUUCCUUGUCUGCUCCUUUUAACCACCUCCAUGAGUUUCGGAUGACCUCUGAUUACUAUUUUCCAAAAAUACCGGGAUGGAUGACCACACUUGUUAGCCUCAGAGUUCUGGAGAUCAACAUUGAUACAGUGGGAGAGGAAGCACUUAAGAUCCUUGGGAAAUUGCCUUCUCUGCUAGUUCUCUUGCUGUCGGUGAAAUCUUUAGCUCAGAAUCAAGGACUCACCAUCACAAGCUGUGGAUUCCGAUGUCUAAAGCAAUUUGACUUCAUUUGUUCGAAUGUUUUGGACAUGGUGAUGUUUGAACAAGGGAGUAUGCUUGCACUGGAAAAUCUCCACCUCAAGUUUCGAGUAAAAGGAGUGUUUGUGAAUUAUGGUUUUCAGUUUGACAUUGAGCAUAUUGCUGCCCUCAGAUAUCUCCGUGUAGAUAUUGCCUGCGAGGACGCAGAGGCUAGGGAGAUGGAAGUUGUAGAGGAUGCUAUUAGGAGUGCAACCAGCACUCAUCCUGGUCAUCCUAGACUUGAACUCCGGAGGUUGGGGGAAGAGGAUGUGAUGCAUGGUGAAGGGACAGAUGUGGAGUCUGAAGAAAUGAUGGAAGAGGAUCACACUUCUCCGGCUGGAGCUGCCUACUACAAUUAUAACACUUUCAGGUCAUAUAUGUUACAUUUUUGGCACUUCCCUGAGUUGAUAGUUCGGUGGAUCAAAACACAAACAAGAGUGACGAGGUUGCCAUCGACGGUGAGCAUGGACAAGCCGCCGCAGCGGUCGCCUCCGACAGAGGAAGCCACCUGCUCCGAGGUGGAUGCCGAGGCGGAGAAAUUCAUCCAGAGAUUCCGCGAGCAACUGCAGCAGCAGCGCCUCGAAUCCAUCUUCAAGUACACCCAUAAGCUCAAGCGCCGCGACGGGGGCACCCGGUAGCCCCUCUGCAUACCAAUAGUUGGUCUGAUGGCUUCGCUUCGUGAUUGGCUCACAUGGUCGUUGAAAGUCGAGACCAAAUCCCAGAAAUCCAGCUGAGACCAACUGAGAAUUCAGUUGUCAUGCAAGUGUCGAUGACAUGGGCCGUUAGCUUAUGCAUACCAAUGUGCAUAUGGACACGUAUAUAUGCGUCUAGUUUCACUAGCAAAAAAGUUUCGGUGCUUCACAAAAUACUUCUGUGAGAAAUUUUGAAAAAAGAUUCAGAUUAGGUGGCGGAUAUCAGGGGACGCGUUGGCGGCGCGCUGGGCCGUCAGAUCGCCUAAUCAAGAUUUCUCGCUGGACGCACUGGUCCCUUGUUUCACUUGUACAUGUUCUUUGUCCGACUUUUAACACGGCCGGGUGGUGCCUUGCCGGAGGUCCUAUGUGCCGCAUUUUGCGGCAAAUAGCAGCUGGUAUUGAAAAUUCCAAAAGUUACUGCU